AUGCUUCGUGGAAUUGCUGCAGGUGGCAAUGGGUUGGAUGCACUGACUACAAAUGAUCUCCAAGGCUUGUUUGCCCGCUGCUUCAAUGAUCCGAGUGGACAGAACCAACCUGGGCAACAGCCUGCAGCACCACAGCCUCCAGCGCCACAGCCUGUCCGUGCCGCCACCCCACCAAUUCGAGCACCAACUCCAGUGCGGGCAGCCACUCCCCCAGCUCAGGUACCAGUUGCUAGGCCUGUCUAUGAACGACGCCCUUUCGUUGCUAAUCCACUGAUUCCCCCAGUGAUUCCAGGUGGCAUGCCUUACGUGGUUCCGACUCGUGUCCACCCGCUCCAAGUUGAAACUGUAACUGAUGAUAGCACCACUGCUUCGACUGCUUCAUCCAUGUCGCAGUCUCAAAACCAUUGA